UUCUGCUUGUGGUCUUGGGGAGAGAGGAGGCGGGCUUCUGGACAGGGAGGUGGGCCUGAGGCUUCCUUGGGAAGGGGAAUUCUGCUGCACGCUGGGACCCAGAGCCUCCUAGGCCCUGUGAGCCAGUGGAGGGAGUGUCCAGCUCUGUCCAGCUCUGUCCAGCUGGGGGAGAGGGCCAUCCUCAAGGCCAACACUGUUUGCGGAGGAGGCAGAACUGGCCGCCUGGUCAAGCCUGGUGAGUUCCAUACCAAACCGUCCUCUGCAACUCGGGACAGGAGUGGGGUCCAGCGGAGGCCUGUGCCCACCUGGCCUCACUUGGCAUCUGAAGGGGCAACGCUGAGAAACCCGGCAGAGGAGGCUUCCCAGGUGCCUCCCAAUCUCACCCUGCCCCCCUCUCGUUUCCUGAGGAGCCUGAGCAGGAACCUAAUCUCCUCAACCCCCCUCCUCCUUCUGAGAGAGGCCUCCCCAGAGCCUGCAGCUCAAAGCUCACCCGCUCUGCCUGCUCUAACCCAGACCCUCGCCCGGACUCCUCCCUCAGCUCUGGCUCCUCCAGGGCCUAAAAUGGACCCCACAGCCAAGGACGAAAUGCAGCCUUCCCUUCCUCCUGGCUCUUCCUGCCCAGGGUCAGAGUGGCCGGAGCAGGAGAGGGCGGAGCAGCUGGCCCGGGGCGCAGCACUCAAGUGGGCCUCCGGCAUCUUCUACCGGCCAGAGCAGCUGGCCAGGCUGGGCCAGUACCGCAGCCGGGAGGUGCAGCGCACCUGCUCCCUGGAAGCACGCAUUAAGUCAGUGGUGCAGUCCUACCUGGAGGGUGUGAAGACUGGGGUGUGGCAACUGGCACAGGCCCUCGAGGCCGUGCAAGGAGCCCGGGAGGCCCUGGGCCAGGCCCGUGGGCUGCUCCGGGGCAUGGCCAACGCUGCACAGACCCUAGAACCCUUGCGGGAGCAGGUGGUCCAACACAAGCAGCUGCAGGCCCUGUCUCAGCUGCUGCCCCGGCUGCGAGCAGUGCCGGCUGCGGUGGUCCACACACAGACCCUGAUCGACGCCCAUCGGCUCUUGGAGGCAUAUGUGGGCCUCAGGGAGCUGGAGCAGCUGCAAGAGGAGACGUGGGCCUCUCUGGGCGGCCUGGAGUUGCCCGUCUUUGAGGGGCUGGGCCCUCUGGCGGAGGCACUGGGCCAGGCUGUGGAGGCAGCUGUCGGGGCGGCAGGGCAGCUGGCCCGGGAGGACCCGGCCCUGUUGGUGGCCGCUGUGCGUGUGGCGGAGGUGGAGGCCGGCAGGACCACCCCCCUGGAGCAGGCCCCGCGGGACUGGCGACAGCGCUGUCUGCGAGCGCUGGAGGAGGGCCUCCAGCGGGUGCACUUCGGGACGCCUCUGCUGCCUGGACCAGGGGCCCUCGCGGGGUGGCUGGAGGCUCUGCGGGUGGCUCUCCCAGCCGAACUGGCCACAGCGGAGGCACUGAUAGCUCCCUGCUGCCCACCGCACUACAAGGUGGUGCAGCUGUGGGCCCACACCCUGCACAGCAGCCUGCGGCGCUGCCUGCAGCAGCUCCUGGAAGGGCCCGAGCUGGGGGCUGCCGACGCCUUCACCCUGCUGCACUGGGCGCUGCACGUGUACCUGGGGCCGGAAAUGAUGGGGAGCCUGGAACUGGGGCCGGAGGCUGAUGUGUCUCAGCUGGAACCUCUCCUGACGCUGGAGAACAUCGAGCAGCUAGAGGCAACAUUUGUAUCCAAAGUCCGGGCAAACGUGGUGCAGUGGCUGCGGAAGGCACUGGAUGGGGAAGUGGCUGAAUGGGGCCGGGAGCGGGAGCCUGACACAGAUCCAUCUGGCUUCUACCACUCACCAAUGCCAGCCAUCGUGCUGCAGAUCCUGGAAGAAAACAUUCGAGUAACCAUCCUGGUCAGUCAGUCACUGCAGCGGCGGGUGCACGGCAUGGCCCUGUCAGAACUGGGGGUGUUCCUGAGAAGCUUUAAUGAUGCUCUGAUCCGAUUCUCCCGAGACCACCUCAGAGGGGAAGCAGUGGUCCCUCAUUACGUGUCCUACCUCCUGGCUGCCCUCAACCACCAAUCGGCACUCAGCUCCUCCGUGUCCGUCUUGCAGCCCGAAGGGGUGGUCUCAGGGGCCUUGGCUCCGGUGGAGGCAGCGCUGGACGAGUUGCAGAAGAGGAUCUGCCGGCUGGUGCUGGAGGCGCUGUUGCUGGAGCUCCAGCCCCUGUUCGAGACUCUGCCCUCGCGCCCUUGGCUGUCGAGCCCGGAGCUGCUGAGCAAUGUGUGCGAGCGGACAGCGCACUUCUGCCGGAACUUCUGGCGUGUUCGGAACCCCACAUUCCAGGUGCUCCUGGCUGAGGCAGAGCGCACGGUGGUGCUGCUGUACCUGGGCGCGCUGAUGCAGGGCCGCCUGGUGUGCCGCGGGCCGGACGAGCGGAACCAGGCAGCCGAGCGCAUGCAGCAGGAUGCCACCCAGCUCCGGGAUCUCUUCCUCGAUCUGGGCCUGGAAGAGAACGUUCACUGCGCGCCGGUGCUGCUCACCCUGCGAAAGCUGCUGAACCUCCGCGACCCCACGAUGCUGGGCCUCGAGGUGGCCAGCCUUCGGCAGCAAUUUCCCGACGUAAGCGAGGAACAUAUCUCCGCCCUCUUGGACCUGCGCGGGGACGUGUCCCGGGAGCAGCGCCUGGCCGCACUCAGCUCCCUGCAGGACGGCCCGCAGCCCUCGCCCCGCGCGGGUCGCCGCGCCCUCUUCAGCCUCGUGCCGGCGCCCACGCCUUCCCCGUCCUGCCUCUUCUCGGGGUCCUGUGCCUGACUCUCUCCACUGCGAGCAGAAUAAAGCUGGGUGCCCGCUCCCCGCACC